AUGAAUGGAACUCCUGGAUCAACAAAUUCUACUGGGUCUCCAUCGCCGAUUGUGGUUUCACACAACGAGGGAAAUGGCAGCAGCAAUGCCAAUAAUUUAUCGCCUCGAAAUUAUAAUACGCACUUGCAUCCCCAUCAUUUACAUAUUUCAAAGAGUGAUUCUGAGCUCAUGGAUUCAACCAAUGAUGGGUCCUCUCCAAAAGAACAUUCAGAACGCCUGCCCAUUCUCGUUCAUCACCACUCUCUGCGUUCUAAGGGAGAGAAGGACUUCAACAACAUUUUCGGAGAGAACGAGCAGGCCAUGAAAGAAAUGGAACAGUUUUCACAGAUGCAAAGCUCCCCACGUCUCAUGUCGGCAAGAAUAUCUACUGGUAUGAGUGGAAUUUCAUCACCUCGAAAUGGGGAAGCAGUUACGAACAGUGGAUCUUCCCUUGUGACCUCCACUUCCUCUCCUGCCUCAAAGAAAGCCCUCCUUCGAUAG